AUGCAUGAUGGAAACUUUCUGAAGGAGGUUACUGCGGGUUCAGUUGGUGGCGCACUGGCAACUAUAGUGGAAUACCCACUGGAUACCAUAAAAGUGAGACUGCAGGACGACCCACACCGUUACCGUGGGAGUUUGAGCUGUAUCAUAGAGAUAACUCGCAGUGAGGGCAUUUUUGGUGGUUUUUUUAGGGGACUUCCAUUACCCGUGAUUGGUGCAGCUGUGGAAAAUGCCACUCUCUUCGCUACAUAUCGCGAAGCCAUAGGCCCGGCGCAGGAUCUCUUUUACAGAAAGCGGUGUGAGCCUGACACGGAACCUUAUCUUGCUGUUUUUACAGCAGCUGCCAUUGGUGGUAUCGUAGUAUCGCACGUGUUAACACCUGCAGAGUUGAUUAAGUGUAAAAUGCAAGUACAAAACACACUCCCCGAGGAGAAACGCAUAUAUAAAAACUCUGCACAUUGUGUCACCUCCAUUUAUCGAAGUUCCGGAAUCCGGGGGCUCUUCAAGGGACAUGUAUCCAUGAUCAUGCGGGAGGCACUUGGCUGUGGAAUGUAUUUUUCUACCUUUCAAUUGGUUAUUCGGAAUAUGUUGCAGGAGGGGCAAGUCUUCACUGAUGCCUCGCCUUUUGUUCAUUUUCUCGGGGGUGGUUGUGCCGGUGUCGUUUUCUGGACGUCUAUUUACCCAAUUGACGUCCUUAAAACUAAAGUACAGACAAAUAGAAGUGAAUACGGUAAUCUUUCCAUCACUCAGGGUUUGAUGCGCCUGUAUAAGAUAGAGGGAAUGCGCGGACUCAUACGUGGCUACGGCGUUACGGCUAUUCGUGCUUUUCCCGGCAAUGCGGUACUUAUCGCUGCUUACGAACAAGUAAAUCGAAUAUUUGAGGCACAAGGGUCCACUAAUAAACUUCUUUGUGUGUGCAGCGGUUUGAAUGGAUAA